AUGGACAAAUUUAUAAUUAAAAAAGUUUCAACUACGGUUAACACGAGCACUGAUGGCUCCACUAAUUUGUCGUUAGCGUCUUCAUCAACAAUUAAUGACAAAACAGUAAAGCGUCGUAAGUAUAAUGACAACUAUUUAAAUUUCGGAUUUACGUUUACUGGUGAUGAUAAUAAUCAAAUACCUCAGUGUAUUGUAUGUGGCGUAACUUUAUCAAACGAGUCUAUGGUACCAAAUAAAUUAAAAAGACAUUUAGAGCAAAAUCAUAGUCAUAUUAGUAAAAAAAGUUCUGACUAUUUUACGCGUUUAUUGUCAUCACAAAAAAAAAAUUCAACGUUCAUGGAAAAACGUUUAAAAAUAUCUGAUAAAUCUCUUUUAUGUUCUUUUAAAAUUUCUGAGUUAAUUGCAAAGAAAAAAAAGCCACAUACCAUCGGAGAAGAAUUGAUUUUACCAGCUUGUAAAGAAAUUGUUAAUGUAAUGUUUGGUAAAGAAGCAGCUGAACAAAUUUCAAACAUACCACUGUCAAAUGAUACUGUUCGUCGAAGAAUAAUAACAAUGUCGGAGGAUAUUGUAAAAAAAUGUAAAUGA